CACAAUUCGAAUCAGCAGAAAAGGCUGGCACAUGCUUCUCAACUUCUGUUUCCAUUCUGCUCUCACUUUUGCUGUUUUUGCUGGUGGAAUCAAUCGUGUAAAAUAUCCAGUUAUAUGUCAAGCGGUUGGUAUUGUACUGCAUUAUUCUACACUUUCUACAAUGCUUUGGAUUGGAGUGACAGCAAGAAAUAUUUAUAAACAAGUUACAAAAAAGCCUCAGACAGCCCAAAACAGUGAUCAGCCUUCUUAUCCCAAGCAGCCAUUGCUCAGGUUCUAUCUGAUUGGUGGAGGAGUUCCUUUUAUUAUCUGUGGAAUUACUGCAGCAAUCAACCUAAAUAAUUAUGGGAUAAAAAGUUACGCCGGAGCUCAGUUCUGUUGGAUGUCCUGGGAGCCAAGCCUUGGUGCAUUUUAUGGCCCUCUGGCGUUCAUUCUUCUGGUAACAUGCGUUUACUUCCUCUGCACCUUUGUGCAAUUGAGGCGUCACCCGGAACGCAAGUAUGAAUUAAAGGAAAGGAUAGAAGAUCAGCAGAGGUUGGCAAGUCCCGAACUUGGCCAUAGUCACAUGACAGACAUUGGGUCCGUUUCCCAGGCAACCUGCUCAAUGAUGUCUUCAUCCUUGUUGGAAAACGAGCACUCCUUCAAGGCUCAGCUCCGAGCUGCUGCUUUCACCUUGUUUCUCUUUACCGCUACCUGGACCUUCGGCGCCCUGGCUGUUUCUCAAGGACAUUUCUUGGAUAUGAUCUUUAGCUGCCUCUACGGAGCGUUUUGCGUCACCUUGGGGCUCUUCAUCCUCAUCCACCACUGUGCGAAGCGAGACGACGUGUGGCAUUGCUGGUGGUCGUGCUGCCCUUCUCGAAGGAACACCUACUCGGUGCAACUUAACGUCCGUCCCAAAGUUAACAUCAACGGCGAAAGCCAAGCUCAUGCCUCAUGCCUUCAGGAAUCGCCGUGCCCAAGUAAAUCUGCCCUCUUUAACCACCCGGCCGUCAGUCACUGCAAACUCACUAACCUACAGGCCGUUCAAAACCACGUCAACUGCCUUUCGCCGGUCACUCCGUGUUGCGCAAAAAUGCAUUGUGAUCAGCUCCUGGAAGAUGAGGCCCAUAUUCAUGUCCACAACGAAGGGACUUUCCGACCCAACAUGCACAUCCACAGGUGUUUGAAAAGUAGAACUAAGCCACGGUAUUUUAGCCGGCAUCGAUCUGCAGGAGAAAGGGAGUAUGCUUACCACAUCCCUUCAAGCAUUGAUGGCAGCAUACACAGCUCACAUACAGACAGUCCCCAUAGCACCCAUGACAGUCACUCCGGCCACAGGCGGGCGUGUUGUGCCAAAAACAGUCCCUAUCCCACCAUCACUCAGCCUGAGAGUAGUGAUUCAAGUACUGUGAUCUACAGUUGUGCUAAAGUCCCAGAAACUGAGACAGGCCCUCAUUUUGAAAUGCAUCCACGGACACAAUCCUUGCCGUUUAGCACAACCAGCCACAAUGGGAUCCUAAAGGGAAACUUGCACGAAGCCAUGAUCUACAGCUCAGAUAGUACAGGGAAUAUCAAAACGGGGCCGUGGAAGAAUGAAACUACUGUGUAGUUGUGGUGGGGCCACAUUUCUCAGCUUGCAGCUCAAAGCAUCUUGGACUGCAAAGCCAUGUACAGCAAUUUGGGAGUCGGCCCCGUUAAAUUCAGUGGGCUUGCUACUUCUGAGUAGACCUAGGUAGGUUGGUCCUGUCGGUCUUCGCUUUCCUUCUAAACUGAAUUAAAUUCUACGUCUUUGUGUGACACCUGAGAUAACUGUACAGGUUUCCAACCUUUUUUUCCUCUUAAUAAGAAGAGGCUUUUAAAAAGCAGCCUCAAAAUUGUUUUCGGAAGAACGACAGAGUAAUGUUUAAGGGGGGAACGAAAAUGUGAACCUAGGAAGCAGACGGUGAGGGGUUACCACAAGUAGUGCUUGACUUAUGACCACAGUGGAGGUUGGAAUUUCUGUCAUAUGUUGAGUGGGAACCACUUUUACGACAAAUUUUGACGGUGGUCAUUGUGAAUCAAUUGCAAUUGUUAAGCAAAUCACACGGUUGCUAAAAUCUAGCUUCUCCAAUGGGCCUUUUUAAUAUAACUUUUUUGCCCAAAAUCACAUAGCAGCAACUGGUCAUAAAUGUGAAUUAGUUGCCAAGCACUCAGAUGGUGGCCACAUAACCAUGAGGGUAAGGCAAGAGUGGUAAAUGCAAGUUACUUUUUCCAGGGCGCUUAACUUUGAACCGUUGUUAAACAAAUGGUCAUAAGUGGAGAACUACCUGUAUCAUGCAAUGUGGUAUUGUUUUCCUUUUAUUUUUUGUUUAAAAAAAUCUGGGCAUCAGAUACAUUUCUACACAUAUCAGCAUCACACCCUUCCCUUGAUUAUUUUUUGCAACAAAAAAUGGUCUUUAUUUAAUUUUUUUGAAGUCAGCAGAAGAAGAAAGGAUUUUAUAACCAGCCUAACACAGCUUUUUAGGCCUACGAAAAUGAUAACUGCCUCUAAAAACAUCUUCUGUAGCCUUUGGCGUGUGAAACCAUGUAGUGUAUGUCAUUGUUCCGUCUUCUUUCUCUUUGGAAGGGAAACACUAGGUAAAAGUCCUCCGUUAACAUCUGCAAUGCUGUACUGGUUGUAAAUUUUUUCUCCCCCGGUGUUAAGACUAUUGUUAUUAGUAAUACUAUUUUUAAUUUCUGCAUGACCCCCGUCAGGAUAAACGCCAUUUGUUGUUUUCUAAUGUUGCAUAUGUACAAAGGGGGGGAAAAACAACACCCUAUUGUAAAAGGCUGUGACUAUCCAUGUUGGUAUUAAUCUAGAGCAUUUUUGACUCUACGAAAAGA